AUGGCCAAGGASCGCCCGCAGGCAAAGGACUGCAGCRGGUGUGAGGAAGACAAAGACAGCCAAGGCAACAUCCAGGCCUCGGCGUCCAGCCUGUUGGCGAGGAGUGGGCCCCGCGGGCGCGUGGAGGCGGCCUUCCGCUGCCGCACACGGAGGGACAUCUUGGUGGAGCAGAGAUCGCAGCGGGAGCUGCAGAUCUACUACAUUCCUGAGCGCGAAGGGACCUUCCACCGUGGCCUAGGGCUGAACCUCACCAGCGGCCAGUACACGGCCCCUGUCACAGGCUACUACACCUUCAUGGCCACGCUGCACAUCGUGCACCAAGGCCACCACAGGAAGGGGCAGCAGUGUGGGCGGAACCGCCUGCGUGCACUCAUCUGCGUGCAGUCUCUGUGCCAGCACCACAGCUCCCUGGAGACAGUGUCCCGGCUGGAGAGCAGUGGCGACCUCUUCACCGUCUCCGUCAGUGGAGUUCUCUACCUGCGGGCUGGGCAGUACGCCUCCGUUUUCAUCGACAACGCCUCCCGCUUGCCCCUUACUGUGCAAAGUGGCUCCAGCUUCAGCGCUGUGCUGCUGGGGGGUUGA